AUGUUGAAGAGUCUCGCCGUUGACGGGUUCACAGUCUCGAUGAAGAAGCGCAGCAAUAUGUUUCGCUCAUCACUGAAGCGUUGGUCGCAGUUCACCGUAAUCGUGGGAUGCGAGGAGAUGAAGGACGAAUCAGAUGUACAAUGGAUGGAUCGAGUCGCUGACAUGGCUCCAUCCGCAGUGAUACGCAAGGUAUCAAUGAGGGUCGACCUUCGCAUUUUCAAGGCGGCACCGAUGUUGCAAAGCCUCGUACUCGUUCUUCCCGUCGACCUUGUACACCUCAAAUAUCUCAAGUUAGAAAACCUUCAAAAGCUCCGGCUCGAUGUGCAGACGGAGGACGAAAGGAAUCUCUGUUUAUUCAACCAGACCAUUGGCAUGCCCAACCUUCGUAUUUUAGAUUUCAUCCGACCUUGGCGAUUGAAAUCCGCCGAGGAUGAGUUUCUCCGACAGGUCAUUUCCAUGGUCAGUUCCCUCGUAUCCCUCCGUUUAAACGGUUACUGGCUCGAAAUGGAACCCUUGGAAAAGAUACUACGAGCGACGCCACUACUACAAUCGCUCAGUCUGUCUGGAUGCGUUAUCACUCCCGAAAUGUUAGCUGUCCUCCACGGUAGCCAGGAUGUUCUAUACCCCGGACUUCGAACCCUGGUUCUCAAGAAUGCGUCCGGGAUGGAUCCGGAUGGCCCCCAUGGUUUCUGCCCAGAAGACCUGUUGCACUUGGUUCGAUCGAGGGCGGAAAAUGCAAUCCUGGGACGUUGUCGUAAACUUCAGGCAGUAACUAUCCGGAAGUCUUUAUUACGACCAGUCGCAGUACACGGCAAUGCCGAACCUGACUGCGCCCAGUGGCCAGCGCCCCCUUUGUUAGAUCAAGGUAUUCUUGAAGCCAUGCAUGAUCACGACACGAAUCACAGAAACAUCAACUCUGCGACUUUUUAG